AUGGGCCCUCCGAGGCCCGCGCUGCUGCUGCUGCUGCUGCUGCUGGGAGUCGCCGGCGCCUGGGCGCAAGACGAGGUGCUGGAGAAUGUCAGCCCCAGCUGCCCAAAAGGUGCAACUCGAUUCAAGCACCUCAGGAAGUACGUAUACAACUAUGAGGCUGAGAGUUCCACUGGAGUCCCUGAGACCCCUGAUUCAAGAAGUGCCACCAGGAUCAACUGCAAGGUUGAGCUGGAGGUCCCCCAACUCUGCAGCUUCAUCCUCAGGACAAGCCAGUGCACCCUGAAGGAGGGGUAUGGCUUCAACCCUAAGGGCAGGCCCUCACUGCAUAAGACCAAGAACUCUGAGGAGUUUGCUGCUGCCAUGUCCAAGUACGAGCUCAGGCUGGCUAUCCCUGAAGAGAAGCAAGUUUUACUUUACCCAGAGAAAGAAGAGCCUAAACAUAUCCUGAACAUCAAGAGGGGCAUCAUUUCUGCCCUCCUGGUUCCCCUGGAGACAGAAGCGGAUAAACAAGAGUUGUUUCUGGAUACUGUGUAUGGAAACUGUUCCAGUGACUUAACUGUUAAAACAAAGAAGGCAAAUGUGGCAACAGGAAUAGCCAUUGAAAGGAACCUGGAGAAGUGUGAUCAGUUCAAGCCCAUUAGCACAGGAGUUAGCCCACUUGCUUUGAUCAAAGGCAUGCUCCGCCCCUUGUCAGCUCUGAUUAGCAGUAAUCAGUCCUGCCUGUACACUCUGGACCCAAAGAAGAAGCAUGUGUCAGAAGCCAUCUGCAAGGAGCAACACCUGUUCCUGCCUUUCUCCUCCAAGAAUAAGUAUGGGAUGAUGACACAAGUUACACAGACUUUGAAACUUGAAGACACACCUAAGAUCAACAGCCGCUUCUUUGAUGAAGGUGCCGAGGAGGUGGGUCUUGCCUUUGAGAGCACCAAAUCCACAUUACCUCCAAAGCAGGCUGAGGCCAUUGUGAAGACUAUCCAGGAGCUGCAAACAUUGCAUGUCUCUGAGAAAAAUGCCCAGAGAGCUAACCUCUUCAAUAAACUGGUUACUGAGCUGAGAAGUCUUAACAAUGAGGCAUUCACAUCCCUCUUGCCAAAGCUGACCGAGGUGUCCAGCCCCAUCACCUUACAAGCCUUGAUUCAAUGUGGACAGCCCCAGUGUUACACUCACAUCCUCCAGUGGCUGAGAAGUGAGAAGGCCAACCCCCUCCUGAUAGAUGCUGUGACUUACCUGGUGGCCCUGAUGCCAGAGCCCUCAGCCGAGAGGCUGCAGGAGAUCUUCAGCACAGCAAAGGAGCAGCAGAGCUGGGCCACUUUAUAUGCUCUGAGUCACGUGGUCAACAACUAUCAUAAGGCAAACCCUGUGGUGACCCAGGACCUGCUGGAUAUUGCUGAUUACCUGUUGGAACAGAUUCGCGAUGACUGCACUGGGAACAAAGAUCACACCUACUUGAUUCUGAGGGUCAUUGGAAAUAUUGGAAGAACCAUGGAGACAGUAACCCCAAAACUUACAUCUUCAAUCCUGAAAUGUAUCAAAAGUACAGAGCCAUCGCUGCUGAUUCAGAAGGCUGCCAUCCAGGCACUGCGGAAAAUGGAACUUAAAGAUGAGGUCCGGGAAGUUCUUCUUCAGGUUUUCCUCAAUGAUGCCUCUUCAGGGGAUAAGCGACUGGCUGCCUAUCUCAUGCUGAUGAGGGACCCUUCCCAGUCAGAUAUUAAUGAAAUCAUCCAGCUUCUUCCACGGGAACAGAAUGAACAAGUAAAGAACUUUGUGGCUUCCCACAUCGCCAACAUCUUAAACUCAGAAGAAUUGUAUAUCAAAAACUUGAAAAAGUUAGUGGAAGAAGCUCUGAAAGGAUCUCAACUCCCAACCAUCAUGGACUUUUCAAAAUUUUCCCGGAACUAUCAAUUUUCCAAAUCUGUUUCCCUUCCAUCGCUUGACCCUGUUUCAGUCAAAAUCGAGGGAAAUCUUAUAUUCGAUCCAAAUAAUUACCUUCCUAAAGAAAGCAUGCUGAAAACAACCCUCAGUGUCUUUGGAUUUGCUCCAGCGGACCUCUUUGAGAUUGGUUUGGAAGGGAAGGGUUUUGAGCCAACAUUGGAAGCUCUCUUUGGAAAGCAAGGAUUUUUCCCAGACAGUGUCAACAAGGCUUUGUACUGGGUUGAUGACCAAGCUCCUGAUCAUGUCUCCAAGAUCUUGGUGGACCACUUCGGCUACACCAAAGAUGAUAAACAUGAGCAGGACAUGGUCAAUGGAAUUAUGCUCAAUGUUGAGAAGCUGAUCAAAGAUUUGAAAUCCAGAGAAUUCCCAGAAGCCAGAGCCUACCUCCGCAUCCUGGGAGAGGAGCUUGGCCUUGUCAGGCUCCAAGACCUCCAGGUCCUGGGAAGGCUGCUGCUGAAUGGUGUUCGCACUCUUCCCGGUAUCCCCCAGAUGAUUGGAGAGGCCAUCAGGAAAGGCUCAAUGAAUGACUUGUUUCUUCACUACAUCUUCAUGGACAACGCCUUUGCACUCCCCACUGGACUUGGGUUCCAACUGCAAGUCUCCUCCUCUGGAGUCAUCACUCCUGGAUUCAAGGCCGGAAUGAAGCUUGCAAUAGCCAAUUUGCAGGCAGAGCUGGUGACAAAGCCCUCUGUGUCCGUGGAGUUUGUGACAAACAUGGGCAUUAUCAUCCCGGACUUUUCAAGGACUGGGAUCCAAAUGAACACCAACUUCUUCCAUGAGACAGGCCUGGAGAUGCAAGCUGCCUUGAAAACUAAGCAGCUGAAGUUCAUCAUUCCUUCUCCAACAAGGCCAGUCAAGCUGCUCAGUGGCAGUAACACAUUGCAUUUCCUCUCCACCACCAAGACCGAAGUGGCUCCACCUCUCAACGAGAACAGGCAGUCCUGGUCGGCUUGCAAGCCUCUCUUUGCUGGCCUGGACUACUGUACGUCGGGCGCUUACUCCACCACCACCUCCCCAGAAUCUGCCUCCUACUAUCCGCUGACCAGGGACACCAGAUUUGAACUGGAACUGAAGCCCACGGGAGAAGUAGACCAGUAUUCUGCCAGUAUAACCCACGAACUGCAGCAAGAGGCCGGAGACCUGGUGGACAUACUAACCUUUGUAACUCAGACAGAAGGUGCAAAGCACACUGAAGCUACUAUGAUGUUCAAAUAUAACCAUCAGCGUAGGACUUUGUCCAGUGAAAUCCAAAUUCCAGAUUUUGACGUUGACCUUGGGACAAUCCUCAGAGUUAGUGAUGAAUCUACUAUGGAAAAAAAGUCUUACAAGCUCACUGUGGACAUUCAGAACAAGAAAAUCACUGAGGUCACUCUCACUGGCCACAUAAGCUAUGACAGAAGGGAAGAAGGCAAAAUCAAAGGUGUUAUUUCCAUACCCCGUCUGCAAGCAGAAGUCAGAAGUGAAAUCCUUACCCAGUGGUUUCCCACAAAACUACUCCUCCUAAUGGACUCAUCCGCUACGGCUUAUGGCUCAACAGUUUCCAAGAAGCUGGUAUGGCUUUAUGAUGAAGAGAAGAUUGAAUUUGAAUGGAACACAGGCACCAACGUGGAUACCAAAAAAGUGGCUUCUAAUUUCCCCGUGGACUUCUCUGAUUAUCCUAAAAGCUUGCAUACGUAUGCCAAUAGUCUCUUGGAUCACAGAGUUCCUCAAACAGACAUGACUUUCCGACACAUGGGUUCCAAAUUAAUAGUUGCAACAAAUACAUGGCUUCAGAAGGCAUCUAAGAGUCUUCCUUUUGCCCAGAAUUUGCAAGAUCACCUCAGUGGCCUAAAAGAAUUGUACCUCCAGAAAAUAGGAUUGCCAGACUUCCACAUCCCACAAAACCUCUUCUUGAAAAGUGACGGCCGGGUCAAAUACACAUUGAACAAGAACAUUGUGAAAAUUGAUAUUCCUUUGCCUUUUGGUGGAAAAUCCUCCAAAGAUCUAAUGAUGUUAGAGACUAUUCGGACACCAGACCUCAACUUCAAGUCCAUAAGUUUCCACUUGCCGCCUUGGGAAUUCCAAAUCCCCACCUUUACCAUUCCCAAGUUGUAUCAACUGCGAGUGCCUCUCUUGGGGGUUCUAGACCUCUCUACAAAUAUCUACAGCAAUUUGUACAACUGGUCCGCCUCCUACACUGGCGGCAACACCAGCACCAACCACUUAAGGCUUCAGGCUCGGUACCACAUGAAGGCUGACUCUGUGGUUGACUUGCUGUCCUACAGUGUGCAAGGAUCUGGAGAAACAACCUAUGACCACAGGAAUAUGUUCACAUUAUCAUGUGAUGGGUAUCUACGCCACAAAUUACUGGACUCAAAUAUGAAAUUCAGUCACGUGGAAAAAAUUAGAAAUAAUCCAGCCUCGAAAAGUUUGCUGACAUUUGACGCUUCUAGUGCCUGGGGACCUCAGAUAUCUGCUUCAGUACAUUUGGACUCAAAAAAGAAACAUCAUUUGUAUGUCAAGGAAGCCAAGAUUGAUGGGCAGUUUAGAGUCUCUUCAUUCUAUGCUAAGGGCACAUAUGGCCUGUCUUACCAGAGGGAUUCUACCACUGGCCAGUUAAGUGGAGAGUCCAACCUGAGGUUUAACUCCUCCUACCUCCAGGGCACCAACUACAUAACAGGAAGAUAUGAGGAUGGAACUGUCUCCUUAACCUCCACCUUGGAUCUGCAAGAUGGCAUCAUUAAAAAUGCUGCUUUCCUGAGAUAUGAGAACUAUGAGCUGACCCUGAAAUCAGACACCAAUGGGAAGCAUGAGGAUUUUGCCACUUCUAACAAAGUAGAUAUGACCUUCUCUAAGCAAAAUGCAUUGCUGCGUUCUGAGUAUCAGGCUGAUUACAAGUCAUUGAGAUUCUUCAGCCUGCUUUCUGGAUCACUAAAUUCCCAUGGCCUUGAAUUAAAUGCUGAUAUUUUGGGCACUGACAAAAUUAAUAGUGGUGCUCACAAAGCAACACUAAGGAUUGGCCAAGAUGGAAUGUCUACCAGUGCAACUACCAACUUGAAGUAUAGCCCUCUGGUGCUGGAGAAUGAGCUGAAUGCAGCGCUGGGCCUCUCGGGGGCAUCUCUGAGAUUAACAGCGAAUGGCCGCUUCAGGGAACACAAUGCAAAAUUCAGUCUGGAUGGAAAAGCUGCCCUCACAGAAGUAUCAUUGGGAAGUGCUUAUCAGGCCAUGAUUUUGGGUGUCGACAGCAAAAAUGUUUUCAACUUCAAAAUCAGUCGGGAGGGCCUGAAGCUUUCAAAUGACAUGAUGGGAUCUUAUGCUGAGAUGAAGCUUGACUACACGAACAACCUGAAUAUUGCAGGGUUAUCACUGGACUUCUCUUCAAAACUUGACAACAUUUACAGCUCUGACAAGUUUUAUAAGCAAAAUGUUAAUGUACAGCUACAACCCUAUUCUCUUGUAACUACUAUAAACAAUGACCUGAAAUUCAGUGCUCUGGAUCUGACCAACAGUGGGAAAUUACGACUAGAACCCCUGAAGCUGAAUGUGGGUGGGAACAUAAAAGGAGUCUACCAAAACAACGAAAUAAAACACAUCUACACCAUUUCUUACGCUGACUUAUCAGCAAGUUAUAAAGCAGACACCGUAGCUAAAGUGCAGGAUACAGAGUUCAGCCAUCGGCUUAACACAAACAUCGCCGGGCUGGCUUCAGCUAUCGACAUCAGUACAAACUACAACUCGGACUCACUCCAUUUCAGCAACGUUGUUCACUCUGCCAUGGCCCCAUUUACAAUGACCAUCGAUGCACAUACAAAUGGCAAUGGGAAACUGAGUCUCUGGGGAGAGCAUACUGGGCAGCUGUAUAGCAAAUUCCUGUUGAAAGCAGAACCUCUGGCCCUUACCUUCUCUCAUGAUUACAAGGGAUCCACAAGCCACCAUCUCCCAUUGAAGAGCAGUAUCGGUACUGCUCUUGAUCACAAAGUCAGUGUCCUGCUUACUCCGGCUGAACAGACAGGCACCUGGAAACUCAAGACCCAGCUGAACAGAAAUGAAUACAGCCAGGACUUCGAUGCUUACAAUAAUAAAGACAAAGUUGGUGUGGAGCUUAGAGGACAAGCCCUGGCUGACCUCACCAUGCUAGACUUCUCGAUUCAAGUGCCAUUUUUACUCAGUGAACACACCAACAUAAUUGACACUUUAGGGAUGAGGGAUGCUAUUGGCCAGCCCCAAGAAUUCAGUGUUGUUGCUUCUGUAAAAUAUGAUAAGAAUCAAGAUGUCCACACCAUCAACCUCCCAUUCUUUGAAAUCCUGCCAGAAUAUUUUGAGGAGAAACGAAUGGUGAUUAUAACAGCACUGGAAACCAUACAGAGAGAACUGAAACUCAUCAAUGUUGAUCAGUUUGUGAAGAAAUACAGAACAGCCUUGGACAAGCUCCCACAGCAAGUCGAUGGUUAUCUGAAUGCACUCAACUGGGAGAGACAAGUUUUGAGUGCCAAGGAGAAACUAACUGCUCUCACAGAGAAUUAUAGAAUUACAGAAAAUGAUCUACAAAUCGCAUUGGACAAUACCAAAAUCACCCUUAAUGACAAACUGUCUCAACUAAAAACAUAUGUGAUACAAUUUGAUCAGUAUAUUAAUGAUAAUUAUGAUUUACAUGAUUUUAAAACAGCUAUUGCUAAGAUUAUUGAUCAAAUCAUUGAAAAACUGAAAAUUCUUGAUGAACAUUAUCAUAUCCAUGUAAAUUUAGUAAAAACAAUCCAUGAUGUGUAUUUGUUUAUUGAAAAGACUGAUUUUAACAAAAUUGGAAGUAGUACUGCAUUUUGGAUUCAAAAUGUGGACACUAAGUAUAAAAUCAAAAUCCAGAUACAAGAGAAAUUGCAACAGCUCAAGACACAGAUUCAGAAUAUAGACAUCCAGCACCUUGCUGAACAGUUAAAACAACAGGUCGAGGCUACUGAUGUCAGAGUUCUUUUACAUUGGUUGAGAAUUACAGUUGAGCAUGUCAAAUACUAUGUUAUAAAUCUUAUGGAAGAUUUUGAAGUAGCUGAGAAAAUCAAUGCGCUUGGAGCCAUGUCCCAUCAGUUAAUUAAGAUGUAUGAAAUAGACCAACACAUCCAGGUUUUAGUGGAUAAAUCAGUACAGUUGGCCCACCAAUAUAAGUUGAAGGAGACUGUUCAAAAGCUAAGCAAUGUCCUACAACAAGUUAAGAUAAAAGAUCACUUUGAGAAAUUGGUUACAUUUAUUGAUAAUGCUAUCAAGCAACUUAAAGCAUUGUCUUUUAAAAAAAUCAUUGAACAAGUAAACAGAUUCCUUGACAUGUUGGUAGAGAGAUUAAGGUCAUUUGAUUACCACCAGUUUGUAGAUGAAACCAAUAACAAAAUCCGUGAGGUGACCCAGAGACUCAAUGGUGAAAUCCAGGCCCUGGAACUUUCACAGAAAGCUAAAGCACUGACACUGUUUGUAGAGGACAUCAAGGGCACGGUCUCAAUCCAUCUGGAACACCUAAAGGGCACCCAAAUAAACCUAUUCUUCGAUUGGUUGCAGGAGACUUUAAAUUCAACAUCUUUCAUCUACAUGAGAGAAAAAUUCCAAGAGACCCUAGAAGAUAUACGAGACCGGGUGUAUCAAAUGGACAUUCAGUGGGAAAUUCAACGGUACCUGUCCCUGGUCAGCCAGGUUUACAGCACGCUUGUCACUUACAUUUCUGACUGGUGGAGUCUCACCGCUAAGAACCUCACUGACUUUGCAGAACAGCAUUCUAUCCAAGACUGGGCUGAGAACCUGAAAGCCUUGGUAGAACAAGGGUUCACUGUUCCUGAAAUCCAGACCACCUUCGGAACCAUGCCUGCCUUUGAAGUCAGUCUCCGUGCUCUUCAGGAAGCUACGUUUCAGACUCCGGACUUCAUAGUCCCCCUGACAGAUCUGAAGGUUCCGUCAGUUCAGAUCAAUUUCAAAAGGUUGAAAGAAAUAGAGAUGCCAUCCAAGUUUGCCACACCAGAAUUUACUGUCCUUAAUACCUUCCACGUGCCUUCCUUUACAAUUGACUUGGUAGAAAUAAAAGCAAAGAUCAUCAGAACCAUUGACCAAAUGCUGCACAGUGAGCUGCAGUGGCCAGUUCUGGAAGUGGACCUGAGGGACCUGAUGGAGGUAGACACCAUUCUUGCUAGCAUCACUCUGCCAGACUUCCAUUUGCCAGAAAUCAAAAUUCCAGAAUUCAUACUCCCAAAUCUCGAUUUUAAAGAUUAUCAGGUUCCUGACCUUCACAUACCAGAAUUCCAGCUUCCCCGCAUGUCACCCACAGUUGUAGUCCCUACCUUUGGCAAGCUUCAUAGCAUUUUGAAAAUCCAGUCUCCCCUUUUCACAUUAGAUGCAAAUACUGACAUUCAGAAUGUAACUACUUCAGGGAACAGGGCAGAGAUCACAGCUUCCGUCAUCGCCAAAGGAGAGUCCAAAUUAGAAGUUCUCAAUUUUGAUUUUCAAGCCAACAUGCAGCUUUCAGGCCCUGAGAUUAAUCCACUGGUUAUGAAGCAAUCCAUGAGGCUCUCCAGCAAGUACCUGAAAACAGAGCACGAGAGUGAAGUGCUGUUUUUUGGAAAUACUAUUGAGGGAAAAUCAAACACAGUGGCAGGUUUACACACAGAAAAAAACACACUGGAGCUUAGUCAUGGUGUGCUCGUCAGGAUAAACAAUCAGCUUACCUUGGACAGCAACACAAAGUACUUCCACAAAUUGAACAUCCCCAAACUGGACUUUUCCAGCCAGGCUGAGCUGCGUAAUGAAAUCAAGACCCUGUUGGAAGCUGGACACAUAGCAUGGAAUUCUUCUGGAAUAGGGUCAUGGAAAUGGGCCUGCCACACAUUCUCAGAUGAAGGAGCACAUGAAUCACAAGCUAGCUUUAUUAUAGAAGGACCCAUUGCUUCCUUUGGAUUGUCUAAUAAGAUCAACAGCAAACACCUAAGAUUAAGCCAAAACUUCGUUUAUGAAUCUGGCUUCCUCGACUUUUCUAAAUUUGAAAUCCAGUCACAGGUUGAAUCCCAACAUGUGGGGCGCAGUGUUCUAGCCGCUAAAGGCACAGCACUGCUUGGAGAAAGGAAGGCAGAGAUAACUGGCAACCAUGAUGCUCAUUUAAAUGGAAAAGUUAUUGGAACUUUAAAAAAUUCUCUUUUCUUUACAGGACAGCCAUUUGAGAUUACUGUAUCCACGAACAAUGAAGGGAAUUUGAAAGUUAGUUUUCCAUUAAAAUUGAUAGGGAAGGUAGACUUCCUGAAUAACUAUGCAUUGUUUUUGAGUCCUAGUGCCCAGCAAGCAAGUUGGCAAGCAAGUGCCAGGUUCAAUCAGUAUAAGUACCGUCAGAAUUUCUUUGCUGGAAACAAUGAGAACAGCACUGAGGCCCACAUAGGAAUAAAUGGAGAAGCUAACCUGGAUUUCCUCAACAUUCCUUUGACAAUUCCUGAAAUGACUGUACCAUACACAAUGCUCACAACUCCCCAGGUGAAAGAUUUCUCCUUGUGGGAGAAAACAGGCUUGAAGGAUUUCUUGAAGACAACAAAGCAAUCAUUUGAUUUAAGUGUAAAGGCCCAGUGUAAGAAAAACAAAGACAAGCAUAUCAUCCCAAUUCCUAUUUAUGCAAAAGAUUUCCAGGUACUGAGUACCCCAAAUGAUAUUUUCAUUCCAGCCAUGGGCAAUGUUACCUAUGACUUUUCUUUUAAAUCAGGCGUCAUCACGCUGAAUACCAAUGUUGGACUGUAUAACCAGUCAGAUAUUGUUGCUCAUUUCCUAACUUCCUCUUCUUCUGUUACUGAUGCACUGCAGUACAAAUUAGAGGGCACCUCAAGUUUGACGAGGAAAAGAGGCUUGAAGCUAGCCACAGCUUUGUCUCUAACUAACAAAUUCGUGGAAGGCAAUCAUGACAGUACUAUUAGUUUGACCAGGAAAAACAUGGAGGCAUCAGUGACAACAUCUGCAAAAGUCCAAAUUCCCAUUUUGAGAAUGAAUUUCAAGCAAGAACUUAAUGGAAAUACCAAGUCGAAGCCUACUGUCUCUUCAUCCAUUGAAUUAACGUAUGAUCUCAACUCCCCUGAACUGUACUCUACUGCCAUAGGGACAGUCAACCACAAACUCAACUUAGAGAGCCUCACCUCUUACUUUUCCAUUGAGUCAUCUACCAAAGGGGGUAUCAAGGGUUCAGUACUUUCAAGGGAAUAUUCAGGAACUAUUGCCAGUGAGGCCAGCACUUACUUGAAUUCCAAGAGUACUCGGUCUUCAGUGAAGCUGCAAGGGGCUUCCAAAGUUGAUGGUAUCUGGAACCUUGAAGUAAGAGAAAAUUUUGCUGGAGAAGCCACUCUGCAACGCAUCUAUACCAUCUGGGAACACAACACAAAAAACAAUUUACAGCUAGAGGGCUUCUUUUUAUCAUCUGGAGAGCAUACAAGCAAAGCCACUCUGGAACUCUCCCCAUGGAAAAUGUCAGCCCUUGUUCAGGUCCAUGCAAGUCAGCCCAGUUCCCUCCUUGAAAUCAAUUACCUUGGCCAAGAGUUGUCCCUGAAUGCUAACACUGAGAACCAGAAGGUCAGCUGGAAAAGUGAGGUCCAGGUUCAUUCUGAGUUCUUCCAGAACAACAUACAGCUUUCCAAUGACCAAGAAGAGGCACGCCUUGACAUUGCAAGUUCCUUAAAACUGUCCCUAUGGUUCCUCAAAGAUAUUGUCCUUCCAGUUUAUGACAAGAGCUUAUGGGACCUCCUAAAGCUGGAUGUCACCACCAACAUUGAUAGGAAACAGUAUCUUCAUGCUUCAACUGCCGUUGUGUACACCAAAAACCCCAAUGGCUAUCAUUUCUCUGUCCCUGUGCAAGAAUUGGCUGAUAAAUUCAUCAUUCCCAGACUGAAACUAAGUGGUCUAAAUUCAAGUUUUGUCAUACCUACAUUCCAAGUCCCAUUUACAGAUCUUCAGGUUCCAUCCUACACAUUUGAUUUCAGUGAAAUAAAAAUCUACAAGAAGCUAAGCACUUUGCCAUUUGCCCUCAAUAUACCAACACUACCCAAAGUGAAAUUCCCCAAAGUUGAUGUGUUAACAAAAUAUUCUGAACCAGAAGACUCCUUGGUUCCCUUUUUUGAGAUAACUGUGCCUGCAUCUCAGUUAACUGUGUCCCAACUCACCCUUCCAAAAAGUAUUUCAGCUGGCAGUGCUAUUGGGUAUCUAAAUGAGGUGGCCAGCAAGAUUGCAGACUUUGAGUUGCCAGCCAUUACCAUACCUGAGCAGACUAUUGAGAUUCCUUCCCUUAAGUUCUCUGUACCUGCUGGAAUUUUUAUUCCAUCCUUUGGAGGACUGACUGCACAUUUUGGGGUGGCCUCUCCCCUGUAUAAUGCUACUUGGAGUGCUGGUUUGAAAAACAAAGGAGAAUACGUUGAAACAUUCCUGAAUUCCAUGUGCAAUUCAACCAUUCAAUUCCUGGAAUAUGAUCUAAAUGUUGUGGGAACACACAAAAUUGAAGAUGGCAUGUUAGCCUGUAGGAUGAAGGGAACGUUUGCACACCAUGACAUCAGUGCAGAAUAUAAAGAAGAUAGCGAAUAUCAAAGACUUCAGGACUGGAAAAAAGAGAUUCGCCUUGACAUCACCAGCCCAAUAUUCACUGAUGUCCAUUUGCACCACCAACUAAGUAAGAAUAGCCUCUUCUCCUCUGUGGCCUCCCCAGCCAUAGGCACUGUAGCCUUGGACUUGGAAGACAAUGACAGUACCUUAAAAUGGAAUCUGUACUAUCGCCCUCAGUCCUCUCUAGAUAAAAAACUCAACAUAUUCAAAACUGAGUGGAGGUACCAGGAAUCUGGUGAGAAACGUCAGAUCAAAGUCAGCUGGGAAGAGGAGGCAGCAUCUGAACUACUAAGCUCUCUCAAAAACAAUGUGCCCAAGGCCACGAGGGCUCUUUAUGACUAUGCUAACAAGUACCACCAGGAGCACACAGGACUCGAUCUGAGAGAUGCUUCUUUAAAACUGAGAAGAAGUCUGCAGAACAGCGCUGAGUGGGCCUAUCAAGGCGCCAUGAGGCAGAUUGAUGAGGCAGACAUAGGGCUCCAGAAGGUAGCCAGAAGCACCACUAAAACCUACCAGCAAUGGAAGGACAAGGCCCAGGAUCUGUACCAGGAACUGUUAUUGGCUAAGGGAGACCAAGCUGAUUUAUGGGGACACCAGAAUGAGAAAUCUGACAGAUUAAUAGGAGUUACUCGGGAAUACAAAGUCAUAGUCAGUCAUCAGAUUGACUCGUUGAUUGAUUUCCUGAAGUUAACCAGAUUCCAGCUCCCAGGAAAAGCUGGGACAUACACUAAAGAUGAAGUCUGCACUGUGGUCAUGAGGGAAGUAGGGCAGGUGCUGUCCCAGGUAUAUUCAAAAAUCCAUAGUGGGUUAGAAAUAAUGUUUUCCUAUUUCCAAGACCUGAUGGAGAAAUCUGAAUUAAUCAAGGACCUAGAGAUUAAAAUUCCUUUUGGUUCACAGACCUUUAAACUAAUAGAUCUAACCUCAGAGUUUGGGAGACUGUUGAUACCUUUAUCACAAAAGCUACAGGAUAUAUUUAACAACCUUCAGUCUCUCAAGACUACAGAAAUGCUAAGUGAUCUUCGGAGCUAUUUACAAAGAACUUUCCAAGAGCUAGAAGAAGAUAUUCAAUACUUAAAGGAGGUAAAAUCUACUUAUUUCAUUGAUCAUAUUCAAUACAAGAUCAACAGAAUCUUCAACAAAUAUAUUCCAUAUGUUUUUCAAUACCUGUACCUUAACAUUGGCAAGUUUAGUGAACUUGUUGAAAACCAACUUCAGAAAGCUUCUCAACAGUUACAGCAGUACCAUCAAAUCAUAAAGGAUCUUCACAAAGAAUAUGUUGAUCCAAGUGUGGUCAGCUGGACAGCAAGGUUUUAUGAACUUGAAGAAAAGAUCAUUAGCUUGCUCAAGAACCUAGUGGAUGUCCUUAAGGACUUGCACUCCAAUUACACUGUCAGUACUACUAUGUUGGUUUCCGAGGUCUCAAGUCAAAUUGAGCAGUUUGUGCAGAAAGAUAUCCAGGAAUACCUUAGCAUCCUUACCGAUGAAGAUGGAAAAGGGAAGGAGAAGAUUGCAGAGCUUUCUACCAAUGCUCAGGAAAUAAUUAAAAGCUGGGCCAUUGCAAUGAAGGAAAUCAUUUCUGAUUACCGCCAGCAGUUCAGAUAUAAACUACAGGAUUUUUCAGACCAACUUUCUGAUUACUAUGAAAAAUUCAUUACUGAGUCCAAAAGAUUGAUUGACCUGUCCAUUCAAAAAUACCACAUGUUUCUGAGGUAUAUCACUGAAUUGCUGAAAGAGCUACAAUCGGCCACAGUCAAUAACAUGACCCCCUACAUCAAGGUUUCUCCGGGAGAAUUUACUAUCACUUUCUAAUUGUUUAUAGCAAUUCUCAUUCAUUCUUCUGUUCCAAUUAAACUUUCAUAUAGUAGGAGACAAUUCAAACUGUACGUUUUGAUAUAACCACACACUGAGCCAGCCUUAUGGCAAGCAGCUGACUCUAGGCAGAAGCACAUAUGACCUGGAUCUGUACUGAAGCUGGCAUCAGAUCUCUGACGGUCUCUCAACUCUGGGAAAUAACAUUUUUUUUUUUUUGCAAGUUAAAGAAAAUCAGGAUCUGAGUUAUUUUACUAAACUUGGGGGAGGGAGAACAAAUAAAUGAAUUCUUUAUUGCGUACUGUAGCAC